AUGGUACAACAUACUACAGAUAAAAUUGAGAUAAUCAAGAGUAGACUAAAAGCAACACAAGACAGACAAAAGAGCUAUGCAAAUUUGAAAAGAAGGGAUAUCGAAUACAGUGACGAUGACAAGGUAUUUUUAAGGAUCUCUACAUGGAAAGGGGUUGUAAGAUUUGAAAGGAUUAGGCCAGUUGCUUAUCGUUUAGCUUUACCUCCAGAGUUAUCACAGAUUAAUGAUGUUUUUCAUGUGUCCAUAUUAAGGAGGUAUAGAAGUGAUCCUUCUCAUGUCCUUCAGAAUCAACCAAUUGAGCUGAGAGAAUAUUUGACGUAUGAGGAAGAACUGGUGGAGAUUAUAGCUAAAGAAGAGAAUAUCUUAAGAAGCAAGGUAAUUCCUCUUGUGAAAGUUUGUUGA